AUGAACGGGGGUGAACAAAUGCACUGCGGAUUUCCUUAUGAUCUUCGCCGAGUUAUGACUAUGCUUGUAUGCAUCACGCUUACUGACGAGUACGACUUUGGUCCGCAGGGUAAAAUUCAGCCGUCAGUCAACAUUGACGACCUUCUUUACUCGACCCUUCACCUGCUUGCUGUGUGCAGUAUUGCAUUCUCUGAUUUUGGCUGGCAAGCCCAGUUAGAAUGA